UCGUGAAAGCACAUUGACGCAGAAAGAAGCCAGAAGGACGCUAAUAAGUCAGUCUUAUUAUUUGUUCGUUAGUUUGAAAUAUUUACGUCGUAUAAAAUACAUCUUUGAUUCUUUAUUUAAAGAUAGAAGCGUCUCGAUGCACUAGAAGCACUUUGCUGCUUCUCGUGCUCGUUUAUUGUUAGUUAGCUUAGCUCGCUAGUUAGCUUAGCUUGUUAGCUGCUAACAGAAGUUAUCAACACAUCGCUAAGUAGAGAUCAAGUGUGAGAGUAAAGUGUUGUGAUUGUGUGAAAAUGUCUACAUUACACAUGUUGAGAGCGUUGGUGGAUCAGCGACUAACUGCUGCCGUUGAAGAAAUAUUUGUAGUGUUAGAAAGAACGAUAGCAGAAUACGAGGCGGAACUUUCUAGAACAAAGGAGGAGAACAAGCUACUAAUGGACGCUGUUUUCAAGAAACAUCAAGUUGUGUUACAAAGAACAGACGUCCAGCAGCCCCCUCACAUGAAAGAGGAAGAUGAGGAUCCACACAGGAAAGAGGAAGAGGAGGGAGAGUGUGUUGUAGGGCAGGAGGAGGAUGAUGUCAGCAAGUUUCCACUGAUCGUUGUCUCUGUGAAGACUGAAGAGCAUGAAGACAAAGCACCUGAGUCCUCACAGCUUCAUCACAGUCCAAACGUCCAGCGGGUGUCAGCGGGGAGUCAUGAAGAGGAGUGGCACACCAGUGUGGGACAGAAGGAGCUACAGGCCCCCUCCCACAUUAAAGAGGAGCAGCUUCAUGAUGAAGAUGAAGCUCAGUCCUUCCAGCUUCAUCACAGUCAAAGUGAGGAGAACAGAGGGGCGGAGCUUGUAAGUCAACACAUCACAGGAGCUGAUGGAGAGCAUUGUGAAGAUAUCAAGUCAGAACCAGACAGCAUCUUUGCUCCACUGUCAGACAUGGACCACAUGAUGUCAGACUCCUCUGAUCACAGUGACAACAUCCAAAAACCUUUGGAGAGUAAAAAUGACUCUAAAGGUGAUACGAGACAUCACACUAACAACAAACACUUUGACUGCUCUGAAUGUGGGAAAUCAUUUAGACAGAAGAGUAAUUGUACAGUACACAUGAGAAUACAUACUGGAGAGAAACCUUUUACUUGCUCUGUUUGUAAGAAGAGUUUCUCCAGAAAGCAAAGCAUGACCACACACAUGAGAAUACAUACAGGUACUGGAGAGAAACCUUUUACUUGCUCUGUUUGUGCUAAUAGAUUCCACAAUAAGAAUUACAUGAUAUUACACAUGAGAACACACACAGGAGAGAAACCUUUUACUUGCUCUGUUUGUAAGAAGAGUUUCUCCUGUAAGGAACGCAUGACCACACACAUGAGAACACACACAGGUGAGAAACCUUUUACUUGCUCUGUUUGUAAGAAGAGUUUCUCCAGAAAGUGUAUCAUGACCACACACAUGAGAACACACACUGGAGAGAAACCUUUUACUUGCUCUGUUUGUAAGAAAGGUUUCUCCAGAAAGGAACGCAUGACCACACACAUGAAAACACACACUGGAGAGAAACCUUUUGUUUGCUCAGCUUGUGCUAAAAGAUUCUACACUAAGAAUGACAUGAUAUUACACAUGAGAACACACACAGGUGAGAAACCUUUUACUUGCUCUGUUUGUAAGAAGAGUUUCUCCAGAAAGGCACACAUGACCAUACACAUGAGAACACACACUGGAGAGAAACCUUUUGCUUGCUCAGCUUGUGCUAAAAGAUUCAACUCUAAGAAUGACAUGAUAUUACACAUGAGAACACACACUGGUGAGAAACCUUUUACUUGCUCUGUUUGUAAGAAGAGUUUCUCCAAAAAAGAACGCUUGACCAGACACAUGAGAACACACACUGGAGAGAAACCUUUUCUGUGCUCAGUGUGUCCUAAAAGAUUCUCUAUAAGUUCUCUUAUGACCACACACAUGAGAACACACACUGGAGAAAAACCUUUUGCUUGCUCAGCUUGUGCUAAAAGAUUCAACACUAAGUAUGACAUGAUAUCACACAUGAGAACACACACUGGAGAAACCGUUUAGUUGCACUGUGUGUGAUAAGAUGUUCAGGUAUAAGUAUCAGGUCAGUAGACAAAAGUGUGUAACAGUCAUGGAAGCUGCAGGGAUGUAAAAACACUUAAACAGUGAUUGUGCUAAAUGUAGUUUAAAAACACAGCAUGUUUAAUAAGAAUGUAUAUUUGAUGUUGUAUGUAGUGCUUCUCAUCUUCUAGUCUUAUAUGUCGUCCUGUAGUUACUUUUUAAGUUGUGUGCAUGUAUUGAAUAUUAUAUAUGUAGCUACUAUUUUAUUCUAUUUUCUCAUCUUUGAAGAGAGGACAUCUUAUUAUUUUCAUUAGUUUUUUUCCCCACACAUUUUUUCCAUUGCAUUUUAUUGAUGUUAUUAUCCAAUUAAAAGUCAGAAUGAAUAAAAUGGUUAACAAAA